AUGACUGUGUUCAGCCCUGCAGGAUGUCAAGCAAGCACAGUCGGCUGCAGGCUGUGGACUGAGCCACAGAUGCCUAUUUUGUCAAUGAAUGGAGAUUUUGUAAUUGGAGGGAUUUUCUCUAUUCAUUCCUAUAUGACAUCAGAGCAGAACACCUACACCACGAUGCCACCACAGCCACAUUGUGCUGGGAGCAUGGAAUUCAGGCAGCUGCGCUUCGCCCGGGCAUUGGAAUUCAUCAUCCACGAGAUCAACAACAGCACAGAUCUCCUGCCGGGCAUCACGUUGGGCUACCACAUAUAUGACUCAUGCUCUGCAGUACCGAUGUCAGUCAAAGUUGCAUUUCAGUUUGCAAAUGGACUGGACCCCAUUUUCAGCGACACCGAAGCCUGUUUAAAACCUGCAGCUGCCGCUGUAUCUGCAUUCAUAGGAGAAUCUAAUUCCACCCCAUCAAUUGCCAUGGCCAGCACACUCGGGCUUUUUGGAAUUCCAGAGGUGAGCCAUUCUGCAACCUGCGCUUGUUUGAGCGAUAAACGUCAGUUUCCUGCCUUCUAUAGAACUAUACCUAGUGACCAACACCAAGCGGCUGCGCUGGCGAGAAUGAUGAAGUAUUUCGGCUGGACAUGGAUUGGGGCAGUGCGUAGCGACACGGACUACGGAAACUACGGAAUGGCAGCGUUCCUAAAGGUUGCGCAGGAGGAGGGGAUCUGUGUGGAAUACUCCGAGGCCUAUUACAGGACACAACCGCACAGAAAACUGGAGAGAGUGGCAAAUGUCAUCCGCAGAUCAACGGCCCGAGUAAUAGUAGCGUUUCUUGCAUCAAGCGACAUGAGGUUUCUUUUGGAGGAAUUGGCACGACAACCAUUACCUCCGCUUCAGUGGAUAGGCAGCGAGGCGUGGAUCACACAUCCAGAAUUUCUGCGGUUUAACAUGUGUGCUGGCGCAAUAGGUUUUGGGAACCCCAGAUCAGUUAUUCCGGGUCUACGUGAGUUUCUUCUAGAUCUCUCUCCAGAACGAGCCUUGAAAUCGCCCCUAUUAACGGAAUUUUGGGAGAGCGCCUUCAGUUGUACUCUAAAAGGGCGGAUGGGCGUACAGAAUUGUGACGGCAGUGAGGACAUCCGUACGCUACAGAACCCAUACACAGACACGUCUCAGUUGCGCAUCACUAAUUUGGUCUACAAAGCUACAUAUGCAAUAGCUCAUGCUAUCCACGCUGCAAUUUGUAAUAACGUGCUAUGUGACAAGACCAUUAAAUUCACACCAUGGCAGAUAUAUGACCAGCUCAAGAGAGUGAACUUCACCACAAAAAAUGGUUAUCAGCUCACCUUUGAUUCAAAUGGAGAUCCGGUGGCUGUUUAUGAGCUCAUAAACUGGCAGUUUAAGGAAAAUGGUGCUUUAGAUUUUGUGCCAGUGGGCUACUAUGACUCAUCGAAGCCAAGAGGACAGGAGUUCAGAAUGAGCAGUGCUAUCAGUUGGUUGGGAGGACAGACAGAGGUGCCAGUGUCUGUGUGCAGUGAGAGCUGUCCUCCAGGCACCAGGAAGGCUGUGCAGAAGGGAAGGCCUGUCUGCUGCUAUGACUGUGUACCAUGUGCAGAGGGAGAGAUCAGUAACAAGACAGACUCUUUGGAUUGUCUGCAUUGUCCCCCUGAGUUCUGGCCCAGUACCAAACAAGACAGCUGCCUCCCCAAGCCUGUUGAGUUCCUGUCCUGGGAUGACACUCUAGCCAUCAUUCUGACAGUGUUCUCCAUCAUUGGGGUCUUCAUGACCAUUUGUGUGAUUGCAGUCUUCUUCAAACACAGGGCAUCUCCCAUCGUUAGAGCCAACAAUUCAGAGCUGAGUUUUCUGCUGCUCUUCUCUCUGACUCUGUGUUUCCUCUGUUCACUUACUUUCAUUGGUCGGCCCUCUGAGUGGUCCUGUAUGCUGCGUCACACAGCGUUCGGAAUCACCUUUGUCCUCUGCAUCUCCUGUGUUCUGGGGAAAACAGUAGUGGUGUUAAUGGCCUUCAGGGCUACACUUCCAGGCAAUAAUGUCAUGAAAUGGUUUGGGCCUCCACAGCAGAGACUGAGUGUUCUUGUUUUCACUCUCAUACAGGUCAUUAUUUGUGUGCUUUGGUUAAAAAUGUCCCCUCCUUUUCCUUUCAAAAAUCUAAAGCUCUACAAGCAAAAGAUAAUUCUUGAAUGUGACUUAGGUUCUUCCAUAGGUUUCUGGGCUGUGCUGGGUUAUAUAGGAUUUGAGGCCAUCUUGUGUUUUGUUUUGGCUUUUCUAGCUCGGAAGUUGCCUGAUAACUUUAAUGAAGCAAAAUUCAUCACAUUCAGCAUGCUCAUAUUCUGUGCAGUUUGGAUAACCUUUAUUCCAGCUUAUGUCAGCUCUCCUGGAAAAUUCACUGUAGCUGUGGAGAUAUUUGCUAUUCUGGCCUCAAGCUUUGGUUUGAUUAUUUGCAUUUUUGCUCCCAAGUGUUUUAUAAUUGUGUUUAGACCAGAGCAGAAUACCAAGAAAUAUCUUAUGUGUAAAAUUCCAACUAAAGCUCUUUGAGAUGUAAAAGAGAGAGUAUAAAAAGGUUCAUCACCUUAUAUACAUUUUACAGGUUAUAUUUA